GAGGUGCGGCGGCCGGGACGGAGCUCCGCGCGAGCGACGGCGGGACGGGGCCAGGCUGGGGAGCCGGCGGUGGCGCGGACCUCACCGCCGACGCCGGGACUCUUUGCUCAGCCGGCUGCUGAUCUCUGCCUGGCAGAUGAACUAAGGACAAGGAAGACUGGUCUUACCUCCUUUCCCAGUGCUGCCGUUUACAAGACCUCUGAGACAGACUGUAGCCCAAGCCCCCUUGCUGCCCUGUUCACCCCAGACAUCUUUCUGGGGUCCACUUGAGGUCAGCAGCUUGAAGAUGAACAGCACCCUCUUAGCAUGACGACCUUGGACCAUGUCAUUGCCACCCACCAGUCAGAGUGGGUCUCCUUCAGUGAAGAGCCAUUGUUCCCCACCCCUUUAGAGGGGGGCACUGAAGAGCACUUCCCAGGACUGUCAUCUUCCUCAGAGCGGUCUGAGAGCUCGUCUGGGGAGAACCAUGCCGUGGAUGAAGGCUCCCAGGACCUUUCACACUCUGAGCAGGAUGACUCCUCUGAGAAGAUGGGACUCAUCUCCGAAGCAGCCUCCCCUCCGGGGAGCCCCGUGCAGCCCACACCUGACCUGGCCUCAGCCAUCAGCAACUGGGUCCAGUUUGAAGAUGACACACCCUGGAGCAGCACCUCACCACCUCACAAGGAAACAGCCCUCACGUUGACCAUGCCCUGCUGGACAUGCCCUUCCUUCGACUCUCUGAGAAGAUGCCCUUUGACGUCGGAGAGCAGUUGGACCACCCAUUCUGAGGACACCAGCAGUCCCAGCGUUGCUCCUUCCUACACAGACCUGCAGCUCAUCAAUACCGAGGAGCAGGCAAGCGGCGGGGCUUCCGGGACCGACUCCACCGACAACUCGUCCUCCCUCCAGGAAGAUGAAGAAGUAGAAAUGGAAGCCGUCAGUUGGUGGGCAGGCAGUCCAGCCAUGAAUGGGCAUCCUGCCGCUCCACCGGUGACCACAGCUCGUUUCCCCAGCUGGGUCACUUUUGAAGACAAUGAAGUCGGCUGCCCUUCUCCGCCAGCCCCCUCUCCAAAGAAGCCAAACACCCCAUCUGUCGCAACUGCCACACCAGAUGUACCUUUCAACUCAACUGGGUCAUUUAAGAGGGACCGUCCCAAGAGCACACUGCUGAACUUACCCCAAGUUCAAAAGCUGGACAUUUCCUCCUUAAACCGGCCACCUUCUGUAAUCGAGGCCCCACCCUGGAGGGCCACCAAUCCUUUCCUGAAUGAGACUCUGCAGGACGUACAGCCCUCGCCUAUCAACCCGUUCAGUGCUUUCUUUGAAGAGCAGGAACGGCGCUCCCAAAACAGUUCCAUUUCCAGUACCACCGGCAAAAGCCAAAGAGAUUCUCUGAUUGUUGUCUACCAGGAUGCCAUCAGCUUUGAUGGUUCAGGCAAAAGCCAGCCCCACCCCGACGCCAUCGAAAAGCUCAAGCAACUCCAAAUUGAUGAUCCUGAUCCCGUCGGCAAUACAGCCCUGCCCGAUGAUGACCCCACGGCCUCGGUUGAACUGGACGCCCCCUCCCCUGCCUCAGCGCUCUCUCAGCCUAGGGACGGGUGGCCAAUGAUGCUGCGAAUCCCCGAGAAGAAAAACAUCAUGUCCUCUAGGCACUGGGGACCAAUCUACAUCAAACUGACAGACAGCGGUUACCUGCAGCUGUAUUACGAGCAAGGCUUAGAAAAGCCAUUCCGGGAAUUCAAGCUGGAGAUCUGCCACGAGGUAUCGGAACCCCGGCUCCAAAACUAUGAUGAGAACGGGAGGAUCCACAGCUUGAGGAUAGACCGGGUCACUUACAAGGAGAAGAAGAAAUACCAGCCCAAACCUGCUGUGGCCCACGCAGCGGAACGGGAACAGGUCAUUAAACUGGGCACCACCAACUACGACGACUUCCUGAGCUUCAUCCAUGCGGUUCAGGACCGUCUCAUGGAUUUACCAGUGUUGUCCAUGGACCUGAGCACAGUCGGCUUAAACUACCUCGAAGAGGAGAUCACGGUGGACGUCAGAGACGAGUUCUCUGGCACAGUGGGCAAAGGAGACAACCAGAUCUUACAGCACCAUGUCUUGACACGGAUCCACAUACUGAGUUUCCUCUCUGGGCUCGCCGAGUGCCGCUUGGGCCUCAAUGACAUCCUCAUCAAAGGGAACGAAAUAGUCUCCCGGCAGGACAUCAUGCCCACCACCACCACCAAAUGGAUCAAGCUCCACGAGUGCCGUUUCCACGGGUGCGUGGACGAGGACGUGUUUAACAGUUCCCGGGUUAUUCUGUUCAACCCUUUGGACGCAUGCCGGUUUGAGCUCAUGAGGUUUAGGACCAUAUUUGCCGAGAAGACCUUGCCCUUCACUCUCAGGACCGCAGCGAGCAUUAACGGGGCGGAAGUAGAGGUGCAGAGCUGGCUGAGGAUGUCCCCCGGCUUCUCUUCUAACCGCGACCCUCUCACUCAGGUUCCCUGUGAGAACGUAAUGGUCCGCUACCCAGUGCCCAGCGAGUGGGUGAAAAACUUCCGCAGGGAAAGCGUUCUAGGGGAAAAGUCUUUGAAAGCCAAAGUGAACCGGGGGGCAAGUUUUGGUUCUGCCGGUGCCUCUGGCUCUGAGCCCGUCAUGAGAGUAACUCUGGGAACGGCCAAGUAUGAGCACGCCUUCAACUCCAUUGUGUGGAGGAUAAACCGGCUGCCAGACAAGAACUCAGCUUCUGGCCACCCACACUGUUUCUUUUGCCACCUUGAGCUUGGCUCUGACCGGGAAGUGCCUUCCAGAUUCGCCAACUACAUAAACGUUGAGUUCAGCAUGCCCACGACUUCUGCCUCCAAAGCAGCCGUGAGAUCCGUCUCUGUGGAGGACAAGCCUGACGUCAGGAAGUGGGUCAAUUAUUCUGCACACUACAGCUACAAGGUGGAAAUUGAACAGAAAAAGAGUUUGAAGCCAGACUUUGAGGGAGAGGACUUGGAAAACCCAAAAGAAUGUGGGGUACAGUGACAGGGACCCCCCUCAAGGAACUCAGAGUGUCUUCCCGAAUAACUCAAGUUUAAGUCAACACCUGCUGUGGCUGCUCCGUGGUGGGGGCAGUCUCCCUGGGUUUCCUGUGUGCCCUUACCUGUGGGUCCCAGGGAAUCCUCAGGGGGCUGCUUCCAAUAGGCUCCCCGGCACUGAGCAUGCCUGAAGCAUGUGACGCCCCUGGCUUCUGGAGUUUACUAUGGAUUGAGCCUCUUUGUCUCUUUUCUGCUUAUAUCGUGGCAUUGGUAUGUGGUUGGCAGUGACGAUCAGAGACCUGAAAAGAACCUCCAACAUCAGUGUUAGCACAGUUUGUCCCCACUACUCACAGGUCCCUUGUAUGUUUCUGGAAAAAAGUAGCCUUGACAGUUGAUUAAGAAUCCAUCUCUGUUGCUCCCUCUGUAAAAGAUUCAAAGACUCCCAAAGCCAUUUCUCUGGGCCUGCUUUUCGAGAUACCUCUAUUCCUUUUUUAAUGGUGGCGUUGGGUCUGCAGCAGAGGAGGGUCUGCAGCAGAGGGAAGGUUUCCAAAUGUUUCCCUUCUGGUUCUGGAUUUGUUCAAGAUCAAAACGCUUUUCCAAAUUCCUCCUCUUCCAUUUGCUAUCCUAAAUCAUGGUAUACCGUGGCAAAGGCCCUCCCUAUCUGAUAAUUUCAAAUUUAGGUGUUGGAGCUUAAUUCUACAAAUGGACUAGAUUGGAUUCACAGUCUGUUGGGGGGGGGGGGGAACAAACUUAUUUUCCUUCCCUUGAAGGAAAAGGAGCAUUAAAUGUUAGCUUAUAUUCAGUUCAGAGGACAGCUUCAAUCAUAAAAUAUGCCAGAUUUUCACUGGUCACUUUUAAUUCCUGAAAUAGAGUCAUGGCUGUAAUUUCAUGUGUGUAGAAGAGACCCUUGGAAUUUCCUUUUAUACCUCAGAUACAAUGACUGUUACACAUCUCUUCCCUCAAAAUUUAGAGGACAUUUAAGCUUAAAAGAUCAUUGUAAAAGCUGCAUUUGAAUGAUCUUUACCCCAAAUUCCAAGGUUGGUAGUUAAAAUAUUGUGAAAGUUCAAAAGGCACCAGGUGGUGGCGGCACACACCUUUAAUCCCAGCAUUUGGAAGGCAGAGGCAAGUCUGCCUGAGUUCAAAGUCAGCCUGACCUAUAGAGUGAGUUCCAGGACAGCCCUGGGUGCAGAGAGAAAUAAACCAAAACAAAAAGGCAGAAGGCUCCAGAGUAGGACUGGGGAAAGCCAGUCUCCAGUGUUAAGACUGUGAAAUCCUGAUUCCAGGACACAGGCCAGCCUCCUUUUCCCUCACUUGUUCCCACCCUGCCCCUGCUUAUUUGUACUCUGGUAAAUUCUCUCAAGAAGAAAACAGUGAGAGGACAGAAUGCAUAUUUUAUCAGACUUGGGGAAUAUGUGGAAAUAAAUAGAAAAGAUCUGUAGUUUGGGACUAAGCGACUCGGGCUUUUUUUCAGCUCAUAUUCAGUGAGCUCUGUAGUGACUUAGGCAUUAGAAACCAUUGUCGUGCUUUGAACCAUAUGUUUAACUCCGUAAGCAUUAGAUUGAAAUGGAAAGGACAAGCUGCAUGGGCCUAAAUGGGAAGACCUGUAUUUUGAAGUGUUUAAAGUGUCACCCUUUGAGCACAGAAGUGUGUGUGUGUGUGUGUGUGUGUGUGUGUGUGUGUGUUGAUGAGAACUAGGGAGAUUUGAUAUUAUAGCAGUCCAUAUAGAAAUGUUUUCUUGAGGAGUUGAGUUUUGAACCAGGAACAGAUCCACGGCUAUUCACAAAGCUAAUGCCUUCCAUCUGUGGUGGUAGGUCUUUAACAGCUGUGCAUGAUGCAUUGGCCAGCACACACCUGAGUGGAGGCUUACACUCAAGUAUAGUUAUAUAAGGAGUGGGGGUUGGGGGUGCAGCUUUCCUGCAGAGCAGAGGGCAUGGCCAGGAAGGGAGUGCAGGGAAGUUGGGGAAUGAGGUAAUGGUCAAUUACCAACUCAAGGUUUCCGCAGAGCUAUAAAAAGGAAGAGGGGUUAGCUUCGUUUUGCAUAACUUCAAAGGCAAAAAGAAAUAGGGACAGAAGAGGACUUUACAGAUGACAGUUAUAGGAAUCUUCUAGGAAAGAAGUGUUGUAAAGAAGAAAGGGUAAAGUAAGAUAUCCUGCUGCAGCAAGUGCCCAAAGGUUAACACAGCCAGCUAUCCCAGGGACUGUCACAUUGGAUUGGGCAAGAUGGCAGGAAAGCUCUUUUUCAAACAAUCUUGAUAGGAGUGAGGCUGUCUAAGCCCCAGGCAGCCUUUCCGCUAUGUGUUUUGUGCUGUUGGAGGGCAGUGGAGUUCUCGAGAAGAAGUCUGUGUUUUUCCACUGUUGAGUUAAAGGCCUUGAGAGUCUCAGCUGACCAAUGGGCUGAGGAGUUGGUUGAAAGGGUGAAGGUCAUCUCUGGCUUACCCCUGUGUCAGGAGCCCUGCCUGGGCUGCUGACAUGCACAGCACCUGUUUUGCCUUGUUCCUCCCAUCCCCUUGGCUAAUUCUUCUGCCUUGGUACUUCACCUGAACUAUUUGGAUUUUUUUAAAUUUGUUUCGCCUUAAUCAAAAAAUGAAACAAAAAGUCCCCUCUGUCCUAUUUAUAUUUGGCAAGCAAUUUAUCACUAAUGUUUAAGUAUAGACUACCCUCUUGGUUCCAUCAAAUUUGGUCGGCCUCUACUGUGCUUAGGGUCAUUACGGAUCACAUGUAGGGAGGUGAUGUGUAGUUCAGGACUUACUGAUAGCCUACCUAAAAACAUAGUUGGGCAAAUUACCCUUUUGAUAUGCAGAGAAUGUCUGCUUGCCACAGUGGUCCUCCACUCCACUUUUAUUUUUCUGUGCUUACAAAAAAAAAAAAAAAACCAAAUCUAUGUUAUCAAUAUCAUAGAAAUAUGAAAAGUGGUAGAAACCAAUCCAAACGUAUUAGUUGCCACAUAGUAUCAAAAGCUGUUUUUUGUGUCUAGGACUUCUGUUUCGACUUUACAGUGAAACAAGACGAAAAGAUAAAUAAGCAUUCUAAUGUACCAGACAAGAGGUCUGGUCGUGUAGCUCAGUGAUAGAGAGCCUGCCUAGCGUGCACAAGGUCCAGUGAGUGUGGUUCAAACCCCAGUGCCCCAGGAACAAACAACAACAGAAAGGAGUGGCAGGUAUUUUGAGGGCAGAGAGAUCCCUAAAGCCCCCCCCCCCUUGUUGACAUAGUAUGGUCACCGUUUAGGAAAAGCUAGCCCCUUCCUCCUUACUCUCUGGACUUCUUUUUCAGUUUGCUUUCUGGUCUGCCCAAGACCUCCCCACAUUCACUGUGAGAGCUUAUCCUUAAUUGAAAGGACUUCAUAUCUGAAAUGAGACUAAUCUCUGUUUAGAAACAUAGUGAGAUCAGGAGUUCAUGUCCCUAGAAGCUCUGUUCCUGAGAAAUGUGACACAUGACAACCAACCGAGAGCCUAUUUAUUCAUUGUGAUUCAAAGGCCUAUAGAGUGUGAGCCACAGCAGGGCUCAGCCGCUUUAAAUACUUCUAAAUCAAACAUACUCAUUAAGGAAAUGGAAAUUAUUGACACUCUGACUCCGGGACUACUUAUCCUGUGCUUUACAGCUAGCAAGCCGCAAUCAUUUUCUGGAGGACUUAAGUAAUGAUUUUGCUCUGCUUUCAUCCCUGCCUCCAGUGUCACCCAAAUGUCAGGAUGGUGGCCCUCAAUGUGUUGCUGAGUCUGACCUACAGAGUCACCUAUUCAUAUCAAGAAACACUUGUGCUCUACACUCAGAGGUGAGGGGGGUGGGGAGGGGCGGACACAGGUGCUGUCCACAGUUACGCUAUUGAUUCAGUUUUAUUGCUGCCAAUCAAACAAACCUGUGAGCCUCUGCUUCACUGUGACAGUGACUCAUGGAAGACGCUCACAUCUGAUGGAGUGCUCAGCCAGUCCUGCUGGGUCAGGUGUUUGUCCUCCCAACUGUAACCAUGUCCUCACAGGAGAUGGGAGUCAGAGACAGGAAGGCUGGGGCUCACAGGUGAAAUCAUGAUUUUAAAGCUGGUUUAUAUUUUGUCUUUUUUUUUUAAUGGUUUUUUUUCAAAACAGAGUUUCUCUGUAUAGCCCUGGCUG